AUUCCCACUAGUAAUAAGUAAAGAAUCCAUCUAUCUCCCCCCUCCCACAAAACUCACAGUGUCGACACAUCCAAAUCUCUUUUCAUUGGCUAACCCUAAAUUCCCAAGUACCAAAAUGGAUUGCUAACCCAAAGUCCCAAAUCCCCAAAAUCCAUUUGUUUUACUCGAAGGAGAUGAAGAACAGAGGAAUAAUUUAAAGGCAGCGAUUACAGGUGAGAAAAAUAUUUCAAUCGCGAGAAAUUUCGACCCAAAAGGCAAUAUGUGCGAAAUCAACUUCAGGAUUUGAGAUCUUGUGAUAUUUUUGCAGUUGUUGAUGAGGUUAAUAUACAUCUUACUAAGUAAUUGUUGAUUACAACCAGUCGAGGCUUGAAUUGGUAGAGAAUUGAGGAAUUUAAAUAGUCAUGAAUCAGGAAGAGCACUCAAGUAAAAAAUAAAAAAGUUAAAAACUGCAUUGCUCACUUACAUCUUUGCGAAACCAAAAGGUUUCGUCAUUGAAAACAAAAAGAAUUGUUCAAGGUUCAGGGUCAUAUGACAAGCAUCAGCUAAAUCUAGUUGGCAAACAGCUUCCACAAUUAGGAGCUCAAGUGCAAGAACAGUUGUUGCAACUGCCUAUGCGUUCUACUUCUCCUUCAACACAAACAAUACACGAGGAAGUACAACAACUGCCACCACACUCUACCUCUCUUGCAUCACAAGCAGUGCGUGAAAAUUUGCAGCAACUGCCAUUGGAUUCUACCACUCGUACUUCACAAACGAUACAGGAACAAUUUGAGGAUUCUAUCAAUCAUGAAACAAAUGAACAACUCGAGGAACAAGGUCCUUCUUCCGAAAAAAAAAGAAAAAGAGGCAAAACUCAGAUGUCAGGCGUGCACGGAAGGAAAGAACGUAAACAAGUUGUGUUAAAUGAGACGAAUCAACCCAUAGGUCAUACUGACGAAGUUGUAAAAGAGUUGGGUAGCUUCCUCGGCACAUUGGCAAGGAAUGCAACAUUUUGUCCUCUUAAUGUGUUUAAUUGGAGGAAACUUGAAACAAAAGAAGAUAUGUGGAAAUAUGUCAAGGAAAAAUAUGACAUUCCUGAAGUCGCAGAAGUAUGGGGUUUUAAAUCAAUUCAGAAUGCUUGGAGAAAGUAUAAGAAUAAGUUAAUGAAAGAAUAUUUUGAAGCCUAUGAAAAUGACGAGCUUCGAAUGGAGAAAAGGCCGAUUGAUGUUCCGGAGUCUCAAUUUAGGGAACUUAUAAAUAUUGGAACUCUGAUUCCUACAAGAAAUUGUCCAAAACCAAAAACCAAUAUGAAGAAUCACAGAAAGUUGAGAUAUCCACACACUGCUGGCAUAACAAGUUUUGCUCUAAUCCGCGAGGCUGAAAUGGAAAGAGUACAAUCAACGCAAGAAAGUGAAUAUGGCAGUCAAUCAGUUGACGCAUUUGCAUCAGUUAUGGGACCUGAGCAUCCAGGUCGCCUAAGAUUGUAUGGACGUGGGGUUACCAAGACUGUCUUAAAAAGAAAAAUGGGAGAUUUUGGACCCUUUUUAAGUUCUACUGAUGAGAUGAUGCAGCAAAAAUGGAAAAAAUGGAAGAAAUGAUGCAGCAAAGAAUGCAUGAAAAGUUCAACACAAAAAAAUGCUAUGGAACUAGAAGUUGCAGUUAACGUCAUUUCACAACUUAAGCGUCUGAAUUUAGGAUUACGGGUUGAUCCUAACAUGCUAGUUAGUAAGCUGAAAUGGAAAUAGUACAAUCAACACAAGAAAGUGAAUAUGACAGUCAAUUAGUUGACGCAUUUGCAUCAGUUGUGGGACCUGAGCAUCCAGGUCACCUAAGAUUGUAUGGACGUGGGGUUACUAAGACUGCCUUAAAAAGAAAAGUGGGAGAUUUUGGACCCUUUUUAAGUUCUAUUGAUGAGAUAAUGCAGCAAAAAUGGAGGAAAUGGAAUAAAGGAUGUAUCAAAGAAUAUAGGAAAAGUUCAACACACAAAAAGAUGCUAUGGAACUAGAAGUUGCAGUUAACGUAGGCGACUUGGAUGCUCAGAUCCCAUAACUGAUGCAAAAUGCGCCAACUGAUUGACUGCCAUAUUCACAUUUUUGUGUUGAUUGUACGCUUUCCAUUUCAACUUACUAACUAGCAUGUUAGGAUCAACCCGUAAUCCUGGAUUCAGACGCUUAAGUUGUGAAAUGACGUUAACUGCAACUUUUAGUUCCAUAGCAUCUUUUUGUGCGUUGAACUUUUGCUGUAUCCUGUCCUCCAUUUUUGCUGCAUCAUCUCAUCAGUAGAACUUAAAAAGGGUCCAAAAUCUCCCACUUUUCUUUUUAAGGCAGUCUUGGUAACCCCAUGUCCAUACAAUCUUAGGCGAUCCGGAUGCUCAAGUCCCAUAGCUGAUGCAAAUGCGUCAACUGAUUGACUGCCAUAUUCACUUUCUUGUGUUGAUUGUACUCUCCUUCUUCUACCACUGCUUUCUCUCAACUCACUAUUUUUCUUAGAGGGAAGUUAGUAAGCUGUUGAAGUUUGAUUAGUCUACUCAUUUUUUAUUCUGCUUUUGGCCCUUUGUCGCAUUGUAAUUCUGUGGUUGACUUUUCUACUUUAUUACUAUGAUGAAUAUCCUUUUUCUAUUGCUUUGCGGGAUCUCGUUGUUGUAUAAUUUUUUAAUAAAGUGGUGCAGCAGAUCGAGUGUUGCGUUCUUGAGUUUCGUGCUCUUCCUCUUAUCUUGCUUGUUAAUAAUUAUGAGAUGCCAUGUGAGGUUUUUUUUUUUGUUAAAAAACUAUUAGUGCUCCAUGUGGCCUUAUUUCAUUUCCACUUGGGCUUCCUUUAAAAUAAUUUGAUUUCUGAUUUGGAAACUGGGUUUGUCAAGUGUACACUCUUUGAGGUUUUCUGUACUAUGAGGGUGGGGUUAAUUGGACGAGAUGUUGGUAAAUAAUUAUAUCUGGAUAUUCUUGGAGAAUAAUUGAUAUGAAAGAAUUAAUGAAUUUGCUGCUACGUGAUGAAUAUUGCUGCUUGGAAAGUAACUGUCAGCGUAAUACAGAAACUGGGGUGUUCUAGGUGCUUUUCCUUUGAUUUUUUGUUGAACAUUGUCAGCGCAAUAUAGAAAUUGGCAGAUCUAUAUUUAUUUUGGUGAUUUUUCUCCUUGUUUCCAGAAUAUGCUUAUAGACUUAUUUAUUCAGUUUUUUCGUCUUUCUUCA